AUGGCGGGACGAAAAUCUGGGGUACAACAGAGAAUAAAAGAAAUUGAACCAAAAGCACUUUACAACCAUUGUCACGGUCAUUUGCUUAAUCUUGCAUGUGCAGAUAAAAUCAAGAAGAAUGAAUCGCUUUCCAGUGCAAUGGAUACUGCUUACGAGAUAACAAAACUUGUAAAGAAAUCGCCCAAUCGUGAUACACAUCUUGAAAAAAUUUGUAAAGAUGCUGCAACAGAUCUUGACAGACCAAACUCGAAGAUAAGAAAUCUAUGUCCAACUAGGUGGACAGUGAAAGCAGAUGCCUUGCUGAGUAUCAUUGACAACUACGACACCCUCAACGACUUAUGGGAUUGGUCCCUGCAGACAGUAAAGGACACUGACAUGAAAGCGAGAAUAAGGGGAGUGCAAGCCCAUAUGCAGAAAUUUGAAUUUUUCUUUGGGUCAUCCUUGGCAGAGGUGCUGCUUAGAAAUGCAGACAAUCUAAGCAAAACUCUUCAGUAUAAAGAUUUGUCUGCCGCUGAGAGUAAAUCUAUUGCCCGGAAGACAGUUCAAACUCUGAAAAGCUUGAGAGAUGACAAGUGCUUUAAUUUGUUCUGGGAAAAUGUAAUUAUGAAAUCCAGACGGAAGUCAGUUGAGGAACCAGUUCUCCCAAGGAAGAGAAGAAUGCCUUCUAGAUUUGAAACUGGGACGGCGACUGCAGAGUUUCAUUCUACUCCUAAAGAUUUCUACCGUCAAAAGUAUUAUCAAGCUGUUGACCAUAUUGUUCAAGCUAUUACUAAUAGAUUCGAACAAGAAGACUUCACCAUCUAUCUAAAUACAGAGCAAGUUCUUUUAAAAUGCACCAAGGGCGUUGAUUUCAGCGAAGAAUUUAAGAUAGUUUGCCAGUUUUAUAAGGAAGAUUUACACGAAGCAAAUCUUCAAUGCCAGUUAAGGCUAUUUGCAACUAUAUUCGAAUCAGCAACACCAAGGGAAGAUAUAGUCCUUGCCGAUAUCAUUACGUUCAUAAGAUGA